AUUCGUUUUCUUCAUUCAAUACCCGCCGAUCAGUCUACAUUUAUUCACAUUAUUAUGGAUCCCAUCCCGCGAUCCCAACACCUCUUUGAGGUCUUCCUGCGCCUAAGACCGUCCCAUCCAGGAGGCGCACAAUCCGAACGCAUUCUCGACGUUGAACAGCCCGAACACAGCCCGCAUCCGACGCACAUCACGCUGAACCCGCCGCCGGAUCGACGAAAGGCCGUUGAAAAGUUUGGCUUCACGCAGAUAUUCGAGGAGGAUGAGGACCAGCUCGACGUGUUCCACUGCACGGACACCUCAUCGCUGAUUGAAGGCAUCCUGGCACCGGAAGGUGGUGACGGCACAGAUGCUGUGAUUGCGACGCUCGGCGUCACUGGCUCGGGCAAGACACACACGAUUCUCGGCAACCGACACCAGCGAGGCAUCGCCCAGCUCGCAACCGAUGUCAUCUUCCGAUCGAUCAGCGAGAACAUGGUCGAAUCAGCCCAGUCGCCGACCCUCGAUUCACUACAAGCCUGCGAUGCGUCCGAAUCCACGCUCGUCACGGCAACGCACUUUCUCGAUACCAUGAGCGCAGACUCGACGCAGAGAUCGACGACGCCGAUGAUGAACGAAAGCUUUGGCAGCCUCGGCUCCAGCUCCGGCCAAAGACGAACUCUACGACGCCAUUCAAACUUUUUAAUGUCGCUGCCCAGUGGUCCGGAUGUUAGCGAUUUCGUGGUGCCAUGCGAUCCCGCCGCCGAAUAUGUCGUUGUCGUAUCCAUGUACGAAGUUCACAACGAUCGAAUCUACGACCUCCUCACCCCCGCCAGCAAAUCACCGUCCACUAAGGAGCUCCGUCGCCGGCCCCUUUUAUUCAAGCCCACCGAGCAUUCCCCUGACCGUAAAGUGGUUGCCGGACUUCGGAAAGUAGUCUGUACCGACGUCAGAGAAGCCAUUUUGGUCCUGGAGACUGGCCUGCAGGAAAGGCGAGUGGCCAGCACAGGAAGCAAUAAUGUCUCCAGCAGGAGCCACGGCUUCUUUUGCUUUGAGGUCAAGAAGAGAUCCUACGGUUGGAGAAACAACUCUUGGAGCGGAAGCAAACUUACAAUUGUCGAUCUUGCCGGGAGUGAGAGAGCAAGGGACGCAAAGACCCAGGGCGCGACUCUGGCAGAGGCGGGCAAGAUUAACGAGAGCCUCAUGUAUCUUGGGCAAUGUCUCCAGGCUCAAAGCGAGGCCAGCGGGUCUAGUAAACCCAACGUCAUUCCCUACAGACAGUGUAAACUUACAGAGAUCCUCUUCUCCAACUCGUUUGCUUCGGCGCCAACGAAUUACAACCAUCUUCCCAGUCGAAACCCUCAGCGAGGUGUCAUGAUUGUUACAGCAGAUCCACUGGGCGAUUUCAACGCAACUUCGCAGAUCCUUCGGUACAGCGCUCUCGCUCGGGAGGUGACUGUUGCCCGUGCUCCGUCAUUUAGCGCCGGUAUGCUGUCACCAGGAGGUAAUGGGCAUGGCACGCCGAGGUCGUUUGGCAAUAACGGCUUUGGUUCGGUGAGAAGCCAUUUUUCACCCGUCAGUGCUACCGAGGAGAGAGUUACAAUGGAAAUCGCCGCGCUGGAGAUUGCUAGGAUGAGCGACGAGAUUGAGCAGCUGCGCGGCGAGAUUGAUAUACAGAGCGAGGCUCGGAUUGCGGCCGAGGCUCACCUCCUUAGUGCGGAGGAUCGAAUGAUUGACAUUGAAGCCGCCAUCCGAGAAGAGUGCGCUCUUGAAUUUGAGCAGCGCCUUAUGAUUGAGCUCGCUCGGUUCAAAGCGUCGAUGCAAAUCGAAAAGGAGCGACAUGAAGAGCACUGGGACCGCAAAGUCGACAUCUUGGAGCGCAGUCUGGAUAGUGGCACUUUUGACGCGGACUUUGACAAGGAGAAUGUUCUGGUGGAGAAUCUGACACAAGAAGUCGAGCGUCUGCGGCGCGAAAACACGAUCCUCAAGAGGGAGAUGGGGAGCCGCAGCCCAAGCAAGCGGAAGCCUUUGGAAGAGCGCGAAGACUUUUCCAUGGCCAGUGGAAGCGGAGAUUCUACGUUGAAGCCCAAGUCUGAUAGCGUAUUAAGCCUCAAUCGCAAGCUGGAGCGCCUCAAAGUCGGCGACGGCCCUCGGCUUCAUGCCAACCCUGGCAGCCCCAAAAAGGUGCGCAGGCUGGUCGCCAGGCGCUGGGAAGAUUCAGAUGGCCUUUGA